AUGCCACGUGCCGGCGACGGCGACGGCGACGGCUUUGCACGAGGGGCGGCGGGCGGGCUGGCACUCGCCUCGCCUCGCCUCGCCUCCCCCUACCACUGUUGCUAUGGCCGUCACAACGACUACGCUCGCCUCGCGGCGGGCGUGCGUGUGGUCGAUUCAUCCGCUGCCCGCACCCUCGCCCUCGCCCUCGCCGCCUGCCUCGCCCCGGCCGCUGCCGUCUUCGAGGACGAGGCCUUCCACAUCGACUUCCACUAUGCCCUGCUCGGCCUGCCCACCCCCGACACCACCUUCUUCCAGAAGCCCUAUGCCGGCUCAAAGGCCUCGCUGCUCUACGCCAUCUCCCAAAACCACACCCUCGGCGCAAUCAAUCCCAAGGACGGCGCCCUGGUCUGGCGGCAGCACUUCCCCGCGGCUGCUGACGACCGAAGCCAUCUACGUGCGGGAAAUGAGCAGGACACAGUAAUCAGCGCCGUCGGCCAUCGAAUCGCUGCAUGGAGCGCCUCGGACGGCCGCCUUGCCUGGGAGACAACCACUGCCGGCGUCCCAGUCGAGGACCUGGAGAUUCUCGAGCUGGAACAUGGCAUGCCAAUUGAUGCCGCAAAAGACCCCCUCGUCCUGCUGGCCGGCCCCAGCCCUAGUGUGAAGCGCCUGGAUGGAAAGACUGGCCGCGUCAAGUGGACCUUCGAGGACACGAGCGGCGACACCCCGUUCCAGCUGUCGACCUCGUCCACCACCAUCUACUACAUUGCUCUCCACACGCCCGUGCUCGGAGCCUCCAAGCUGCGAGUCACCUCGCUCAGCCCCAUUACCGGCAAGAAGCUCGACCAAUACACCCUCAACUCGGAUGCCGAGAUAUCUUCGCGCGACCGUAUUCUGUUUGCCGGCGCCAACACCGCUGCCCCGCUGCUCGCUUGGACAGACAAAGCAAACAAGGUGCUCAAGGUCAACGUCAUCGGCAACAAGGCUGUGUCCAGCUUCAAAACACCAGAGGACCAGGUCGUGGAAAACAUUGUGCUGCACGCCCCCAGCCAUGUCAACUCUCUCGCUCAUUUCCUCGUCGAGUACCAGACGGCUGUCGGCCACUCGGCAGAGGUAUUCCAUGUCAACCUCAAAAAGCACACCGUGUCCAAGGACUAUAGCCUCCCAGAGCUCAAGACAAAGGGAGCUUUUGCCACGAGCACGCUGGACUCAAAGGUCUACUUUACGCGAAUCACACAGGACGACAUGGCCGUCUUUUCCUCAGUCUCUCCCAAGGUCUUGGGCAGCUGGAAGGUCAAGAGCUCGCCUGCACUUGCCGGUGCCCACCCUGUGCACGCUCAGUCCGAGGUUGUCGUAAAGGGCGAGACUGCGAGCGCCAUCCGAUCCGCCAUUCUCUACUCCAACGGCCAGUGGGCGCUCCUCCGAAACGACGAGCUGGCUUGGACACGACCAGAGUUCUUGGCUGGGACCGUCUCGGCAGUCUGGGCAGGCCUGCCCGAAGAAGAGGCCUUGGCACAAGCACUUGCCGACGAAAGCCAUCGCAGCCUCGUCUCAGCUUACCUCCACCGUGUACAGAGGCACGUGCAAGAUCUCAAGCACUUUCCCGCUUGGGCACAGAGCCUACCCCAGCGGCUCCUUGGCAGCGUGGUUGGCAACACCAAGGAGACUACCAUUGGCGACAUUCAGCAGGAUACCUUUGGCUUCCACAAACUCGUCAUCGUCGGUACCGAGACAGGUCGUCUUGCUGCGCUUGACGUUGGCUCGCGAGGCAAAGUCAUGUGGAACAUGCAGCUUGGAGAGGCCGUGCCUGGUCAAAGCUUUCAGCAUCUUCGUUUGAAGGCUCACAGCGGCUAUGUCGAGGUCAAAGGUGUCUCAUCUGAGGGCUCGCUGUUUGUCAACUCGACAACGGGCAGUCUUGUUUCCUCGGACAAGAUCAAGCGUGAGGCUCCGCUCGUUUCUGAAGCACAGGCGCUCGUGACAUUCACCUUGGUCGAUGGCACACUCAAAGGCUCUCUACAAAACAAGCCGAGCUCAGAGCCUGCGUGGAGCUUCCGCCCUGCUGGUGAGGAGCGUAUUGUUAGUUACGUCACUCGACCUCUCAAAGACCCCGUCGCCUCCAUUGGCAAAGUACUAGGCGACAGAAAGGUGCUGUACAAGUACCUCAACCCCAACCUGGUCCUGGUUACAGCCGUCGCCGACUCGACGCGAUCCGCGUCCCUGUACUUGCUUGAUUCUGCCUCGGGACAGUUGUUGCACACCGUCUCGCAUAGCGGCGUCGACACCUCUCGGCCUAUUCCAGCCACUAUUUCAGAGAACUGGUUCACAUAUGCGCUGACAAUCGAUGCAACAUCCACUUCGGCUUCACGCGGCUACCAACUCGUAGUCGCCGAAUUGUACGAGUCCCCACUGCCCGACGACAGGGGCCCAUUAGGCGCUGCCUCCAACUCGUCGACUGUACAGCCCUUGGGCUCGAAUGGAGACGUUGUGCGGCCCUACGUUGUCUCGCAAAGCUACCAAGUGCCAGCAGAAAUCUCACACAUGGCUGUCACUCAGACCAAGCAAGGCAUCACCAGCCGCGAGCUUCUGGUUACCGUGCCCUCAACCAACUCCAUCAUUGGCAUCCCGCGGUCAAUGAUCGACCCCCGCCGCCCUGUCGGUCGUGAUCCCAAUGCACAAGAGCAGUUAGAGGGCUUGAUCAAGUACUCGCCAGUCAUCAACUUUGACCCCAAGUGGCACCUCACGCACAAGUACGAGGUGCUUGGUAUCAAGGAAAUCAUCACCAGCGAGAGUGGAUUGGAGAGCACCAGCCUGGUAUUCGCCUAUGGACACGACAUUUUCGGAACACGCGUUGCGCCUAGCUUUACCUUUGACGUCUUGGGCAAAGGCUUCAACAAGAUUUCCAUGCUGCUCACUGUUGUCGGCCUGUUUGUUGGUGUGGUGUUUGUCGCUCCUCUGGUCACAAGAAAGCAAAUCAACACCCUCUGGACGAUAUGAGGUGCAUGAUACAAAUUGAGCCCCCGGAAUAGACGUAUCACGCAUGCGGAUGACCACCAUUUCAUCGCCUCGUCUAGCCCUUCUACCCAGGAGAAAUAUUGACAUCCAAGAUCCCGCCCCCGCCCGUGGCCAUCUGGUAGCAUGGGUAUUUUGGGUAAAAAGCCUCAUGGACGUUUUCUAUAGUCAACAUGUACCCAGUUCAGACAUUUAGUUUUAGAAAAAUAAAACUCGGUCAUACAAAGCGCAUGCCUGGCGCAAGACUAAAUUACAAAAUACAC